UCCAAAUAUCCGUGAGAACUGAGAGCCCAAUCUCUACACUUCUGUACUUCUUACCUUUCUUCUUCUUCUUCUUCUUGGAUUGCAAACAUAUCAAAGUGAUAGAUAGAUGGGCAGCCAAACCCAUUUAGUCGGAGACCGCUCAAGGACAACCUGGACGCCAGCAAUGGAGCGCUAUUUUAUUGACCUGAUGCUAGAUCAGGUGCAUAGGGGAAAUAGGAUGGGCCACACCUUCAACAAACAAGCAUGGAAUGACAUGUUGGUCAUGUUCAAUUCCAGUUUCAGAUCUCCAUAUGAUGUAAAUGUGUUGAAAAGUCAUUAUACGAGCUUAUGGAAGCAAUUUAGCGAUGUGAAGAAUCUCCUUGAUCAGAAUGGAUUUUCGUGGGACAGCACUCGGAAAAUGGUGGUUGCUGAAAGAUGCGUCUGGGAUGGCUACACCAAGGCUCACCCAGAUGCGCAAUACUACAGGAACAAAGCUUUACUGAACUUCAAUGAUUUGUGCUUGAUAUAUGCACAUACAACUGCAGAUGGACGAUAUAGCCUUUCAAGUCAUGAUAUAGACUUUGAUGAUGACUUCCAAUCAUUAAAUGUCGUGCUUGAAGUGAACAAUCUUGUUCCUGCAACUAAUGAGCAAGUAAAAACAGAUUGGACACUAGCCAUGGACCGUUAUUUUAUCAAACUUUUGCUUGGUCAACUGAGAAAAGGCAGUAAGGUUAACGAUACCUUUACAAGACAAGCUUGGAAAGAUAUCCUUACUUCGUUCAAUGCAAAAUUCGGUUUUCAAUAUGGGAUUAAAAUAUUGAGACAGCGUUAUAAGAAAUUGUUCAAGUAUUAUACCAAUGUAAGGAGCCUGCUUGAGGAAAACAAAUUCAUUUGGGAUGAAAGACAACAAAGGAUAGUGGCCGAUGAUGUUGUUUGGGAAAAUUACAUCAAGGCACAUCCAGAUGCACGCUCCUACAGGAAGAAGUCCUUGCUAAACUACCAUGAUUUGAGCUUAAUAUAUGGCACUGCAAUGAGCAAUGGAGUUCGUUGUCACUUGCAGAGGGGGAAAGACUAUGAAGAUGACGUCUUACAAUACACAACUGGUGAAGAGAGGGAAAGGCAUUCGUUUGCAGUUGAUUCUCACAUUGCUCACAGCGAGGAUUUUGACGGUGAAGAUCCAGAUUUGAUGAUUGAUGGGGAAGAGAUUCAGAGCGUUGUAAAUGGUGAGAUAAAUUGGACUCCUUCAAUGGACCGUUGCCUCAUUGAUAUCAUGCUGGAGCAAGUGCAUAAAAUGAACAAGAUUGAUUGCUCUAUUGAUGACCAAGCAUGGAUAGAUAUGGUGGCAUUGUUCAAGGACAGAUUUGGAUUACAGCAUGACAAAGAUGUGUUGAGGAGUCGCGCUAAAAGGUUGGAGAAGCAGUACCUUGAUAUGAAAGAUCUUCUUGACCAGCGCGGUUUCUGGUGGGAUGAAAUGGAGCAAAUGAUCACAGCGUGUGAUGAUGUUUGGGAUACUUAUAUUGAGGAUCACCCAGGUGCAGAGUUGUACAGAUUCAGAUCCAAUCCAAACUACAAUGAUCUGUGCUUAAUUUAUGGAAGUUCAGCUUCUAAUGGACAGUUUAGCCAAUCAGGUCGAUAUAUUAGCUGCAAUGGUGGAGGAGCUAACGUUUACAAUAAUCAUCGCUGGAGAACUGAUUGGACACCACAAAUGGAUCGACAUUUCAUUGAUCUAAUGCUCGAGCAAGUUCGCAAUGGAAGUAUGGCUAACCAUAAAUUUAAUAAAUUAGCUUGGACUGACAUGGUUACAAAAUUCAGUGCAGAAUUUGGUUCUCAGCAUGAUAAAGAUGUUUUGAAAAGUCGUUUUCUAAAUUUGAGGAAACGAUUCAAUGACAUGAAAGCUCUGCUUGACCAGAGUGGGUUUGCUUGGGAUGAAAUGCAACAAAGGAUAACAGCUGAUGAUGAACUCUGGGAUGCUUAUGUCAAGGAGUACCCUGAUGCAAGAUCAUACAGAAAUAGAACUUUCCCAAAUUUCAAUGAUUUGUUCUUGAUAUAUGGAAAUACAAACAACAUAAAAGAGGAGGAUUAUUCAAGUCACUCCAUAGCCUCUGAGGACGAUGACGUAGAAGUAAAUAUUGUUUCAGGUGAAGCAGAUGACCAAUCCCCAGCUUAUUUUAAUCCUCCUAGGGAGCAUUCUCAGGCAAUACCAUACGAAGAUGGCAUUAUGGAUAGCUACGAAGAGUUGUUGACUUCUUUUGGAUAUGAAGUACCCAAUGGAAGAGAAAAUUUGAAUAUAAAAAGGGAAGUGGAGAAUGAUGCCCUAAAAGUGGGGAUGGACGAUAUUUUUUGCGACCUGAAAUCUCCAGCAAAGGAGUUUGAAAUAUCCGACUGGCGAAAAAAGCGAAAACCCACAACUUCGUCGAGAUCAGCACGUAGUAAAAAAGUACAAAGAACCAUCGAGGAGAGGGAAGAAACAUUCGAUGUGAAGCCAGGUUUAGCAAACUGGUUGGUGGGUUGUUUAGAAGGGAAUGACAACUGCUCAAUUGAGACGAUUGUUGCCGCACUUGAAACUGUACCAGACAUGAACGACGAGCUCUUCUUGGAAGCCUGUGAACUCUUGGAAGAUGAGAGAAAGGCGAAGAUGUUUGUUGCCAUGGAUGUAACGGCGCGAAAGAAGUGGUUGUUAAGAAAACUUCGCUGGUAGAAUAGAUUUUUGCUUGGCUGCUGUAACAUGCGAAACUACUUUGCACUUUGUUGUAUCGACGUGUCUAAAGCUAUGUGUUAAAAGGAAGCGUUUUCUUUAUGUUUUUGGGGUCAAAUAUAAGUUGAAAAUGUUCUCCUUUUAAUUUUUGCUUCAAUGGGAUAUCAUUUCCUACAUGAUUGUGAAAUGAAACACGAAAAUUAGAGGCUUGGGUCAG